UCUAGAAAUCAAAAUAAAUAUUGACUUCAAACUUUUGAAAGUGUUUGCUCCUUUGCCAACGUUACUACCCACGCCACCAAAGAAAUCACUACCAAUUUUAUUAAAAACUUUGCCCUCGAAAAUAGCUUUGGGACAUUAAUCGUGGCAAUUGCAAAUAUAAUUGCCCUUAUUAUAUUAAAGUAAGAACCGCCACAAAUGGGGGGGGGGGACUUCUCAUGCUCAACCUAUUGAGAAUGAACCUUUACGAGCUCAGUACAGAAAAUAUUCUUUUGAGCAGUAAUGAAAACAAAAAAAGCUCGCGUCCGACUAUGUAGCAGUGUACUGAGCAGGAAAUUAAAGCUGAAUUCUCAAGACUACUCCCGGGUCGAGAAAAAAGAAUACACCAGUUUUUUCUUUGAUGAAGCAAUCAACCACCAAGUUCUCAUGGUGAUCACACUGGAAAGCAAUGGAUCAAGCUUACUUCGGACAGUUUUGACUAUUAACAUCCUUGUAGCUCCUUUGUGUAGUUUACCAUUCUCAUAUACUACUUCACCACCAAUUACCCGUCACCUCUGUUUUUUUUCUUUGCCCACAAUAUCCCACAAACUCGCAAGAAAAAAGUGUAGGGAGCUUUCCAGUGUCAUUCCACCAGAAAGGAUCGCCAAACGACAGUUUGGAAUUAUAGCCAAUUGCUGUAGGCUGUCUGUAGACGAUGAAGAUAAUGAUGAAAUUUUAUUGAAGAUUAUGAAAGAAUUGAAUGAUGAUCUUCCCUUGACGAGAUGUAAUCGUACCAAGGAGACCAAGAGAGACAAGGUCAUAAAGUAUGGGCGAGAUCAAAAAUACAGCAAAUUCAAGAAAAGAAAAGCGGAAGGUGGAUACGAGAUCAAGUAUAACAUGAGAAGCAUAACACGAGAGGGCAGAUGAAUACGACGCAUAAAGACUACUUUGUAGAUAAGGGUGUAAUAUACAAGAAAAUAGAGGUAUGUUUCGGCUUGAUGAUAUGAGGA